GGCGGCCGGGAUAGGUCAGUCUGCGGCGGGCACUUUUGCGGUGAGUUUCCCUGUGCGGUCGGUGGACUGCAGGAGGACACCGCCGCAAGGGAAUCACAGUCCGCACCGCGCUCCCACGUAGGCCGAUCCCCGGGUCUCAUGUCACGUGGUUCCCCGCGUGACCUCUGCAGGAAUGGCAGCCCCGUCCAUGAAGGAAAGGCAGGCAUGCUGGGGCGCCCGCGAUCUGUACUGGCGCUGCCUGGACGACAACGCGGAGGACGCGACCCGGUGCCAGAAGCUGAGGAGUUCGUUCGAGGCCAGCUGCCCCCAGCAGUGGAUAAAAUAUUUUGACAAAAGAAGAGACUACUUAAAAUUCAAGGAAAAAUUUGAAGCAGGAGGAUUCCAGUCUUCACAGUCAACUGAAAAUUCCUAGGCACCUUCUGGACUGUCACACAAAGUGGAAAUUAUUCCUCUGGACUUUCAGAAAUGGUUCCAGGACAAAAGCAGCUCGAAUCACAGUGCACAUCAGCUGUUGUUUUCUGUAAACAACAGUUACUAAAACAGUGAAAUAACAGAUCUUGUCAUUCAAACUAAGAAAAAGCAUAACAUUAUUA